GCAGCCCCGCCUUUUCCCCGAGGAGGCGCCGGGCGGCCAUAUUGCGGAGCUGUCUGCGGUGGCGGCGGCGCCUCUUGUCUCCGGCGGCCCAGCGCUCGCACCACCGCCUCUCCGUCCCUGCCGCAGCCGCGCCGCCGGGCAGCGCCUUCGCCACACGCCGGCGGGCAGGAGCCGCUAGCUCUCCGGAAUUCAUAAAAGUAAAGUAUUUUUAAAGAAGGUAACAAAAAGAGAAGGAAAAUGCCGAAACCGAUCAACGUAAGAGUAACUACAAUGGACGCUGAGCUGGAAUUUGCCAUUCAGCCCAAUACAACUGGCAAACAACUUUUUGACCAGGUGGUGAAAACAGUUGGUUUGCGUGAGGUCUGGUUUUUUGGGCUGCAGUAUGUAGACAGCAAAGGUUAUUCUACAUGGCUUAAACUAAAUAAAAAGGUAACACAGCAAGAUGUUAAAAAAGAGAAUCCUUUACAAUUCAAGUUUAGAGCUAAAUUCUUUCCUGAAGAUGUUUCUGAGGAAUUAAUUCAAGAAAUAACCCAGAGACUUUUCUUCUUGCAAGUUAAAGAAGCCAUCUUAAAUGAUGAGAUAUAUUGCCCACCAGAAACUGCAGUUCUUCUUGCUUCCUAUGCUGUCCAAGCCAAGUAUGGAGAUUAUAAUAAAGAGAUUCAUAAACCAGGCUACCUGGCUAAUGAUAGACUCCUACCCCAGCGUGUAUUGGAGCAACACAAACUAACAAAAGAACAGUGGGAAGAAAGAAUACAGAACUGGCAUGAAGAACAUAGGGGAAUGCUAAGGGAAGAUUCUAUGAUGGAAUACCUAAAGAUUGCACAAGAUCUGGAAAUGUAUGGAGUCAACUAUUUUGAAAUAAAAAAUAAAAAGGGAACUGAAUUGUGGCUUGGUGUUGAUGCUUUGGGUCUGAAUAUUUAUGAGCAUGAUGACAAGUUAACACCUAAAAUUGGUUUUCCCUGGAGUGAAAUCAGAAAUAUUUCAUUUAAUGACAAAAAAUUUGUUAUAAAGCCAAUUGACAAAAAGGCACCUGAUUUUGUUUUUUAUGCACCCCGUCUGAGAAUCAAUAAGCGGAUUUUGGCCUUAUGUAUGGGAAACCACGAACUGUACAUGCGAAGAAGGAAGCCUGAUACUAUUGAAGUACAGCAGAUGAAGGCUCAGGCCAGGGAAGAGAAACAUCAGAAGCAGUUGGAAAGGGCACAAUUAGAGAAUGAAAAGAAGAAAAGAGAAAUAGCAGAAAAGGAAAAGGAAAGAAUAGAACGUGAAAAGGAAGAGCUAAUGGAACGUCUAAGGCAAAUUGAAGAACAGACAUUGAAAGCCCAGAAAGAACUAGAAGAACAGACUCGAAAAGCUCUAGAACUGGAUCAGGAACGAAAACGAGCAAAAGAAGAAGCAGAACGGCUUGAAAAGGAGCGUCGAGCUGCUGAAGAGGCCAAGUCUGCUAUAGCAAAACAAGCUGCUGACCAGAUGAAGAAUCAGGAACAGCUAGCAGCAGAACUUGCCGAAUUCACUGCCAAGAUUGCACUUCUAGAAGAAGCCAAGAAGAAAAAGGAAGAGGAAGCUACUGAGUGGCAACACAAAGCUUUUGCAGCACAGGAAGACUUGGAAAAGACCAAAGAAGAGUUAAAAACUGUAAUGUCUGCCCCACCUCCACCUCCUCCACCACCAGUCAUUCCACCAACAGAAAAUGAACAUGAUGAACACGAUGAGAAUAAUGCUGAGGCUAGUGCUGAAUUAUCAAAUGAAGGGGUAAUGAACCAUAGAAGUGAGGAAGAACGUGUAACAGAAACACAGAAAAAUGAGCGUGUUAAGAAGCAACUACAGGCAUUAAGUUCAGAACUAGCCCAAGCCAGAGAUGAAACCAAGAAAACACAAAAUGAUGUUCUUCAUGCUGAGAAUGUUAAAGCAGGCCGUGAUAAGUACAAGACUCUGCGACAAAUCCGACAAGGCAAUACAAAGCAGCGUAUUGAUGAGUUUGAAGCAAUGUGGGGACCCAAACUGUACGCGCUGUUCCAGAUGCGAUCAUGCCAAAGCAGUAUAAAGCAGAUGUAACAGUCGGGAAGAAGGCUCCCUCCCUCACUAGGUCCCUGGCAGCUGACAUACGGAGAGCUUUAGGAUAGGACAGACCAAGACAUUCCUGGUGUUCUGACUGUGUAUCUCCCCCAAAGCCUGGACUCUCAGCUGCAACGGGGCGGACAGUAUUCCCUGAACCAGGGCUCUUGCCGAUGGUUCUCUCCUCAUCUCAGUUGACCGCCGGUUUUCCCUUUCUCACUAUUCUGUCUCCCCCCAAACCCUACUCGAUCGUCUUUCCUAAAGACAGACCUUAGCAAGAAGGGCCAGGAUUCGGGACUUGCGCAUCGCACCCUGCAGUCCCAAGCCGGCCUCUAUUGCACCCCGUCUUCAAGGCACCAUCCCCCAAUCAGAUGCCGGAAGGUAUCAGCUUCUGAAAACCCAAUUCUUUUUUUUUCUUUUUUUCUGCAUGACUAGCUUGUAAGAAGGAGUCUAUGGAGAGAAUUUCCAAGAAUUUUCCAUUUUUUUCAAAAAAUGUAUGUGACUUAUUUUUGGCUUUUAACCGAGAGCAAACUCCGUGGUAUACAGCUGUGUUUUUCCAUGCACCCAUCCGUGGAAUCUGCAGAAAUCAAGGCAACAUUCCCUUUCCUGUCUGGGCUGUUUGUAUAAUUGUAUAUAAAUGUAGCAAUAAAUAUAUUCUACCAUGAGUCUGA